AUGGAUUACGCGGAGAUGUCUUCCGAGCUCUCUUGGCUCGAAUGCUUUGUCGAUCCGACUGUUGUGUCAAAAGCGAUUAACGAUCUGGAAAAGAGAAAGCGUAAAUCAUAAUUUUAAAUGGAAAAUUUGAUAAAAAUUGUAUUUUAGAGUUGCCAAGGUUAUGUAUUCAAUUCACAGAAAUAGGAUUUCUCGCGGAGAAAGAGAAGGACAAAGGAAAGUUGGCGAUUGAGGAAUUAAUGCUGCUGGAACGGAUACAGCGAGCAUGCGAUUGUGCGCCAUGGCCAUCUUUGCUGCUCUUGACUAUGACAUAGAUUUUAUUAUUGACAAGUAAGUUUUCUAAAAAUUGGUAAAAUAAAUCCCAAUUUUCUUAUACUCAGCAUCAGUCGUAACGAGCUUCUCACACUUCGAGUGCUCGCCGACAACUUUUACAAAAUAUACAACGAGAAGAAUCUGGACGCGACGUUUGGCAACUGGCUCUUCUACCGUUUUGUGCUCCCUAUAGACCGAAGGAAUCAACUACCGCCGCAGGCGCCGAGUGCGACAGUUCCGACCACGUUCAGCAACGGACAACUGAUGUCCAACGACCCGGCGCUUGUGAGACACGAGAAAGUGCAGAGAAUGAUAAUGGAACUGCGGGAGCAUGUGCUCAAAAAAAACGUAAUAGUAUUUUAG